AUGAGCCAACCAACUACCACCAUCACAUCCACCACCAUAUCCACCACUGCAACCACCCCCCCAACCCACCAUAUGAAUACGGACUCUUGCGCUGGCAAGAGGAACCGCCCGGCCUCCCCAGUCGCAGACACCAACCCUACCUCCAACCAGUCCACUGGACUAGUACAGAAUCCUACUUCUGCCCCCUCCGCUCUCACAAACAAACACCCGAACAUUGAAAGACCCCCCCAACCACCUGCGGCCCAGAACCAAUGGGACUUUCUCAGGUCGGGCAACACAGUCACACCUGAAACUUCGGUAAAUGGCGUUAGAACCCUGAAUAGCGGUUUCAGAAUCACCGCAACCCUGCCGGGUGGCUUCCCAACCCCCCAACUCGGCCAAUCAACAUGGCGCAACAUCUCCCAAGUACUGAAGGAAAAGUGGCCCCAGAAGGAGGGUGCCAAGGCAUGGGUACGCACCUACCAGGCCAAGCACGAAAGCAACGCCCAGAAUACGGUAGCCAAACUUAAAGAUGCCAUCACCAAGAUUAUAGGCGAUUCAGACGCAGCAACUCUAGUCGUAAGCACCCCCACCGCUGCUGUCAAACUCGUCGAAAGACUCCCCCCCCCAUGGCACUUCUUAAUAUCCAGGAUCCCCCCCGAGGCGAUCAAACACCUUGUUCGUCUCCAGGUGUGCUCAUCGCCAGAGAUCUCGUGCUUCUUCAUCCCCUUCGAACAGUCACUCCCCACUUAUGCAUUCACCUUGGAGAAUUUCUCCUUCCCCGACUCUGAAGCCACCAAUAAGGAGAUCAUGGAAAUAGUCAAAGACACCAUCCGCGCCAACCCCGAAGUACUUCAGUACAUCCACGAUAACAUCCCCGUCGCAGAUGCCAAAGCGGCAAUUUGCACCAUCGAAUCCAUUUGA